AUGGGGAUGCCUUGCGAAACCCGUUUCUAUUGGCCGAUCAGCGAUUAUAUCAGCAGCAAGAUGCUCAGUUUCCGCAUCGCCAGACUUGGCCAGAACAAGAAGAAGCCCGAGAUUGUGGGACGUUUCGAGGUGAUUGUUGCGUCAGGCAUCGCUGGUUAUCACUUCCGGCUCUGGAUGCAGCGCAAAUUUUGCAUUCGUCGUCCGUACAAGGACCUGAGCGUGUAUACGAGCAAGAUCGGAGUGUGCAAGGGCGAGAAGUUGCAGGCAAGAAGCCUUCCGGUGUGUAGGACGGACCGACGAAGAGCAGCGGUGAUGGAAACUGUGCUACAGAGCCAUGCCUGCGGCAGCCUAUCAAGACGUGAAACCAACGCGACUGCAAAUGCAACUCUGACGCCUUGGGCGCAGGCACGCAGCACUGAGCCCAAUGCUAGAGCGCCCAUCAAUUAUAUCAUGGUUGACCAGAGCAGCAUGCUCGUACGGGCAAUGUCAAUUGCCUGGGUGAAGCCAGGAGACAACGGAGGCUAUGGCUUGGGCGCGGCCUCGUGGACAGAGAUUGCGGAUGGGACGCUGUGUGGCCAGGACCCUGACAAGAUUGGCGUGCCGGCCAGAUGGCCCUUGGACGGGACUGAGGAUGAACGUCAGGGAUUUGGCACAGAAUGGCAGCAAGGUGGUGAGGGGGUGCCGGUAUCUGUAGCCCCGAAUAGCCUCACGCCCCGCGAUAGCUCCCUGGCCCACGCCCCUCUCGCGAUUCCGGGCUAAUGUGCUUUUGGACCUUGGGGAGAGGGUGAGCAGAGAUUUGACAGCACCAGGCAAGCGUGCAUGGCCUGGCUUCUGCUCAGCCCUACAGAGCACGCCUUUUCCGGGCUGCCCAGCGCUCUGUCGGUCGCCCAUCCAAGCAAAACGCAGCGAAUGUGCCCAAGCCACUUCCCGAAUAGGCGUGUCUGGCGGCGGCGCCGGUGAGGGCUUCGAGACCAAGUGCCGUGAUUGACGCAGCCACAAUACCGAUUCGAGGGCGAAGCGACGCAGGCCGAGAUUCAGUUUCGCAAGCCGUCUCC